UCCCGCGCGCGCUCAGCGCAAGGGGAGAGGAGGCUGCGCCUCCCUGGGUCAAGCCUGAGCGGAGCGGCGCCCCGGCCUCACCGAGUCUUCGGUCCUCAGCAGGGCGUGCGGCACAGGAAGCUGCCAUGGACCCCGACGAUCCCGCAGGCAGCCCCCUGAUCCGCAGCAAUGAGCCCGCGCGCGCGGACGCCGCCCGCUGCGACUCCAGCCCGGGACGGUCCGGGCAGGGGCCUGCGGGGCAGGGCAGCUGCGCGCGCUUGGGGGGCGGGCGGCCCGCAGCCGCCAACGCGGCGCGGGAGCGAAGUCGCGUGCAAACUCUGCGGCACGCCUUUCUGGAGCUGCAGCGCACGCUGCCGUCCGUGCCCCCCGACACCAAGCUUUCGAAGCUGGACGUGCUGCUGCUGGCCACCACCUACAUUGCGCACCUCACCCGCAGCCUGCAGGACGACGCCGAGGCGCCGCCCGACCCCGGACUGGGCGCCCUGCGCGGCGACGGCUACCUGCACCCUGUCAAGAAAUGGCCCAUGAGAUCAAGAUUAUACAUUGGUGCUACUGGUCAGUUUCUGAAGCAUUCUGUCUCUGGAGAAAAAGCAAAUCAUGGCAGUACUCCAACAGAUUCACAGUCUUAGGCUCUCCCCUAAUGGGGGCUGGUAGAAGGUGGUGUCUGUUGUUUUUAAAUACUAUGAAAUAAUUCUAUUUAUUACAUCAUACAUAACAAACAUUAUUUCUGAAAGUUUACAUAUGCCAUAGUUGGAUGUUCACAUUUAUCUAUGGAAUUAAAUAAUGAGUCUUGUAUAAAACACACAUACAUCUUAUCUAGUCAUUGUGAGGGUCACUACUACAUAGUGCAGUAGAAAAUACUAGAAAAAAGAAAACUGUGUAUAUAUCCAAAGAAUGCACACAUUUUCUGUAGCACAUCUAUUAAAAACUGAAAAGCUGAUAUCUAUUGAGAGUCUUCCUAGUUUAAAAAAUAAAAGCUGUGUUUGUAACAUAUCAGUAUUCCAUUUUUGUGGAAACCAGUUGGUGCUUACAGUUGGUCUAAGAAGCCAUUUCAUUUGGAAGGUACGAGAGCAUUUAUUCAGUUUAGUUUACUAUUGUUGAGGUAAUAGGAAGUUGCAGUAACUUCUAUAACUAGUUAUUUUUCCCCCUUAAAAAACUCGCUUAGAGUAUUACAAAUAGUUUGCAUCAUAGGAUAAGCCUUGGCCACCUUCCUAGAUGAUUAUUAAAGUAUCUUCUUAUGUUUCCAAAUUAUGGAAGGCACUCGAUGUGGGCAGCAGAGUUCAUCACCCUCCUCCCUGGCCACUUCAUAUCCACCCCGCCCUCAUUCAGGUCCUGGAUGGGGUGAGCCAGUGCAACUGCGGCCACUCUAGAGAGAACAGCGUGUUCCUGCCUGUCAGGGACCUUGGGUGAGCCCCCAUGUCCCUCCCCCAUCACAGCUUUGGCCGGGUUCCUUCUCCCCUUGUUAAAUGCUGCUCACAAUCUACCUAUGUGGCCAUUAAGAAAUAGAAGAAACCCUGUCUGAUUUGGAAAUUGUGGCACUGAUAUGCUCCUUAAGGGGGUCUGAGUGACCAUCCUAAGAUAAAUGAGGCCAUAGCAGACCCCCUAAAUCUGCCCCAAUUUGAACCUGCAACCACGGAAGGUCAUCAGCCACUGGCCUCUCCCACCACACUUCAUGCCAAGUGCCCAGGGAGCAGCUGUUUUUCUGCCCGAUUGUGCCAGAGAUUUCGUUUUUCAGCAGGAGGUUGGGGGUCAGAGCUAUGAAGUAGAAAUGUACAUCAGGAAACAUAUGGAAUCUCAAAACAACAGGGUACAAUAGAAACACCUGAAAAAGAAUCAUCCAUCUCUUGUCACAUCUCUACUGAUUUAGGUUCCCCUUUAUCUCCCUUUCUUGUUUUUCUCUCCAGUCUUUACUAUUUCACUUUCCAACUGUUAAGUUCUUUUAUUUUUCAAUAACCCACAGUUUUAAAGUAGCUGAAUUUGAUCCAGGAUUAGCAAAUACUAAGGUAUUUUAAUAGUCUUAGUUGAAUUAACAUAAUAGUUGAA